AUGGACGUGUGGGGCCCAGCCCGCGUCAGUGGACAGGGCCGCGAGCGGUACUUUCUGCUGGUUGUUGACGACUAUUCGCGUUACACCACGGUCUUCCCCUUGCGCAGCAAGGGGGAGGUCCCUGCUGUUUUGAUCCCUUGGAUCCGCACUGUUCGUCUCCAGCUCCGCGAGCGGUUCCGCACGGACUUUCCUGUCCUGCGUCUGCACUCUGACAGAGGUGGUGAGUUCUCCUCCGACCUCUUGCAGGACUUUUGUCAGGGGGAGGGCAUCCUCCAGUCGUUCACGCUUCCGGCCUCACCGCAGCAGAAUGGGGUUGCUGAGCGCCGCAUUGGCUUAGUCAUGGAGGUUGCUCGUACCUCCAUGGUCCAUGCGGCUGCUCCCCAUUUUCUGUGGCCGUUUGCGGUCCGGUACGCUGCGCAUCAGCUCAACCUCUGGCCCCGUGUCUCCUUGCCGGAGACCUCGCCCGCACUGCGUUGGACGGGGGAGGUUGGCGAUGCGUCGCGGUUCCGGGUCUGGGGCUCCCGUGCCUUUGUCCGCGAUACCACCGCGGACAAGCUCUCCUCUCGCGCCAUUCCCUGCGUCUUCCUUGGCUUUCCCCUUGACGCGCCUGGCUGGCAGUUUUACCACCCCACCUCGCGCCGUGUCUUCGCGUCCCAGGACGUCACCUUUGACGAGUCGGUUCCCUUCUACCGUCUCUUCCCCUACCUCACUGCCUCUCUCCCCCCCCCCGCCGCUCUUCCUCGCUCCAGGUCCCCCUCCGGUAGACCCCCUCCCCCCUCAGGGUCCUGCUCCUUCAGGGGUGGUCCUGGGGGUGCUGCGUCUGGAGGUGCUGAGCCUGAGCGUGCGGAGCCUGGGGGUGCUGAGCCUGAGCGUGCAGAGCCUGGGGGUGCUGAGCCUGAGCGUGCGGAGCCUGGGGGUGCGGAGCCUGGGGGUGCUGAGCCUGAGUGUGUGGAGCCUUGGGGUGCUGAGUCUGGAUGUGCUGGGCCUAGGGGCUCUGGCGCUGGCGCUGCUGGUCCUGGAGGUGCUCGUACUGGAGGUACUGGAGCUGCCGGGGCUGGUGGUGCUGCUAGUCAUGGAGGUGCUGGAGGUCCUGCUGGAGCUGGAGGUACUGGGGGUACUGGAGCUACUAGUCCUGGAGGUCCUACAGUGGCGCUGCUGGAGCUGGGGGCGCCGGGGCUGGAGGCUCUGGAGCUGCUGGUCCUGGAGGUGCUCAUACCAGAGGUACUGGAGCUUCCGGGGCUGGUGGUGCGGCUGGUACUGGAGGUGCUGGUGGUGCUGGCACUGCUGGUCCAGGAGGUGCUCGUCCUGGGGGUGCUGGAGCUGGAGGCCCUGGAGCUGCUAGUCCUGGAGGUGCUGGAGGUCUUGCUGGAUCUGGAGGUACUGGGGGUACUGGAGCUGCUGGUCCUGGAGGUGCUCGUACUGGAGGUACUGGAGCUGCCGGGGCUGGUGGUUCUGCUGGUACUGGAGCUGCAGGAGCUGGUGGUGUUGCGGGCUCGGGAGCUGGUGGCGCUGGCGCUGGAGGCGCUGAAGCUGGAGGCGCUGGAGCUGGAGGCACUGGCGCUGGAGGCGCUGGAGCUGGAGGUGCUGGCGCUGGAGACACUGGAGCCGGAGGCACUGGAGCUGGAGGCGCUGGAGCUGGAGGUACUGGAACCGGAGGCACUGGAGCUGGAGGCACUGGAGCUGGAGGCACUGGAGCUGGAGGUGCUGGAGCUGGAGGUACUGGAGCCGGAGGCACUGGAGCUGGAGGCGCUGGCGCUGGAGGCGCUGGAGCUGGAGGUUCUUAGUCUUCCUUCGUCCACUGCCCUUCCUCCUGGCUCGCCGCUGCCUGCCCCGUCUCGUUACACUGAGCAGCCGGUCUCCCUUACAGAGUGUCGUGAGCCUGCGUCUCGUCCUGUCUCCCCUGUUAAAGCUGGUCGCACCGCUCGUCGUGUCCCGCGUCCGCGUCCUCCUCCUGUGCCAGGCACUCACACUAUGGCACUUCGUCCUUCCUCUGCUCCACAGCGCGUCCCUCUGCCGUCUCCUCCUGCGUCCUCUCUUCCUGAGAUUCCUGACCCUGAGUCUAACCGUGUUCGUGCUGCCAGCCCCACAGUCACGCGUCUCCUGGCUACUGUUGUCACUGACCCGUCGUUUGAGUCCACUGCUGCGUCUGCCUUAGUUGCUGAGCUUGUCGACUUUGCUGCUGCGUGUCGUCUAGACUACGCCGCCAGUCUUGUUGUUGAGUCUGAGUCUGUCUGUCCUUCGUCCGUCGGGGGUGAGUGUGCUCUUAGCACGGACGUCCUUGAGGAUAGGCAGGAGGACUUUGAGUCUCUUGCGGCUGCCGUACCUCAUCUCGUCGCCUGGUUGCUUGCACCUGAGGGAGACCCGGAUGGACUGGACAUCCCGACCCCGCACUCUUACGCAGAGGCGAUCUCGGGUCCCUACUCCUCUCAGUGGCAGACAGCCAUGGACGCAGAGAUGGCAUCCUGGAAGUCCACAGGCACCUACGUCGACGAGGUCCCCCCUCCUCGGGCGAACAUAGUCGAUGGCAUGUGGAUUUUCAGGGUGAAGCGGCCGCCGAGUUCUCCGCCUGUCUUCAAGGCUCGUUACGUUGCACGAGGCUUCAGUCAGCGACAGGGAGUUGACUUCUUCCAUACCUUCUCCCCUACCCCGAAGAUGACCACUCUUCGUAUACUGCUGCACGUUGCCGCUCAGCGUGACUACGAGCUUCACUCUCUUGACUUCAGCACUGCUUUUUUGCAGGGCAGCCUGCACGAGGAGAUCUGGCUGUGCCGCCCUCCUGGCUUCACUAGGUCGUUCCCUCCUGGUACCCAGUGGAGCCUCCGGCGGCCAGUCUACGGUCUCCGCCAGGCGCCUCAUGAGUGGCACGACACACUGAGGACGACACUUGCGGCUCUUGGGUUUGCUCCCUCCACUGCUGACCCGUCGCUGUUUCUUCGCACCGACACUUCUCUGCCGCCGUUCUACAUCGUCAUAUACGUCGACGACUUGGUCUUUGCCACUGCUGACACUGAGGCACUAGCCCUUGUGAAGUCGGAGCUGCAGAAGAGACACACGUGCACAGACUUGGGUGAGCUGCGCAGCUACCUUGGCUUGCAGAUCACCCGGGAUAGAGCACGCCGCACCAUUACCCUGACCAAGUUACACUUGGUGCAGCAGAUCCUUCAGCGCUUCGACUUCCAGUACUCCUCACCACAGUCCACUCCUCUGUCUACACGUCACUCGCUCUCAGCUCCACCAUCAGACGUGUCCGUAGAGCCGAGUGGCCCGUAUCCAGAGCUUGUGGGCUGCCUCAUGUACCUGAUGACCUGCACUCGACCUGACCUUGCGUACCCUCUUAGCAUCCUAGCUCGCUACGUUGCACCUGGGAGACACCGGCGAGAGCACUGGGAGGCUGCUAAGAGGGUGCUGCGCUACUUGUGUAGUACAUCAGGCAUGGGGCUGGUGCUUGGAGGACGGGGUGACGUUGUCCUCACUGGACACUCAGACGCCUCUUGGGUUGACGACCUGGCUACACAGCGGUCGUCGCAGGGUUACACCUUCAGUCUUGGUUCCGGCUCUGUCUCUUGGCGGUCUACCCGCUCUUCUUCUGUUCUCAGCUCCAGUUGUGAGGCUGAGAUCUACGCCACAGCCAUGGCUGCACAGGAGCUUCGCUGGCUCACCUACCUGCUGACUGACUUGGGAGAGCGGCCUCGUUCUCCUCCAGUUCUGUACGGUGACAACAAGGCAGCCCUCGCCUUGUGUCAGGAGCACAGACUGGAGCACAGAACGAAACACAUCGCUCUGCGUUACUUUCUUGCUCGAGAGCUGCAGCAGCAUGGCCAGCUUCGUCUUGCUUACGUGGACACACGGGCCAACACAGCUGAUAUAUUCACCAAGGCACUUCCGCCUAGUGAUCAUCAGCGUCACUGCACUGCUCUAGGCCUCGUGCCUACGUUCUCUCACUUGCUCACUGCUUGA